AUGCGCUGGUACGCCUGGAACGUUGCAGGCGGCCUCUCGGGCGCCCCGUCGGCCUUCGCGGCGCAGCCCGCGCACUUGGCGCGGCGCGAGGCCACGGCGUUCAAGAUGGAGAUGGACACGUUCGACCAGCAGAUCGAUCGCAUCCUGGCCAAGUCGGAGGCCAUGCAGCGGUCCCACGAGAGGCAGGUUACGUCCAGGUGGCAGGCGUGGGCUGUGGCAUCCUUCGCUGGAGGGGCCAGCCGCGCCCACAGGUUUUCGAAGCCGCAGGCGCUCCAGGAGGUGAUCCACUUUGGCGCAGGGGUUCAGCACGCCUACCAGCUGGCCGACCGCAAGCUGUCCUACUGGAGCGAGUUUUGGCGGACGCACAAGGAUGGCCCGAUCCAGCUGCCGAGCGAUGCCGCUAACUGGGACCAGCUGCCGCCGCUGAGCGGCGCCGACGUCCGUCGAGCGAUCCGCGCUUUCAGCUUGCGCUCAGGUGCUGGGCAGAUCAAGAUCGCGCCGCGGGCCCUCGAUUUCCUGUCUGACACUGUCAGGCCACUAGGACUGGUGUUGCAGCUGAACAAGUCAGGGCACCUUGCGGUCACACGCCCGACGAAGUACUACUUCAAGGCGUACGCCAGGGUGCUGAGGAUCGAGGGCAAGCGCCACUGGGUCACGACAUGUCGGCCAAUGGCGCGGUGCGAGGAGUUCGGAAGGGCAGGAGCGAUGCCCUCAGUGGGUCACGGAGCCGCGGUCAACGGCAUCAAUGACUGGGAGCUGAAGCAGUUGCGAAAUAUGGCUGGCAGUUUCUGUGGUUUCAGUGGCUCAGGCUCCCUCACCCUGUAUUUGGCGGUGCAGAAACAGCGCAACUUCGACCCCAUCUUCCACGCGACCUGCAGCAUCCUGAUGCAGCAUGCGUCGUGGGUCUGGACGGCAACAGGAUCGACCGCCCAGCUGCAGAAGGCGCGGAUGGCGCUGAAGGAGAAGUUCGACGGCGCCAGCUCCCCAGUCACGUGGGCCAGUGCCCGCGGCCCGCCUUCGGCACUGUGGGUCGCGCUGAGGAUGUGCCCAAGCGAGGUUAAGCACUACAUGUACCUGAGCCUCGAGCGCUGGCAGAGCCAUCGCAUCCUGGACCGCCUCCCUGGAGCCCCGCGUCGUGACGCCGGCGGACGUAGGCAGCACAUCUGGAUCAGGGCUCUACGGCACUGGCAUCUGCAGAAGAUGUCCAACGGCCUGCGAGGGGCGCUGGCCAAGCUGCAGUCGCACGGCAUGUGGACCCCAGCUCGGAGGCAGGGGGCAGGAUACAGAGACGACGCGGCGUGUGAGUUUUGCGGACACGCCCCAGCGGACCCUGAGCACGAGCUGUUCUACUGCUCAGUGCACGAGGCGCAGGAGGAUGAGGAGCACAGCCCUUGCCCCGACGACGUCCUGCAAGUGAGGAAGGGCAUCUGGCAGCAGGGCCAGACGGGCGUGGGCCUGGAGUGGGACUUCUCGUCGGUCGACCUGCUCUACGCCCUGCCCAUGAGGUCCGUGGAAGAAGGCAUUGCGUCGUGCUUGUCCUCGGGGGGGCCUCUGGAUAAUUUUUCCAGUAACAUGUGGGCUGAUCUCUUCGCGAAGAUGGCCGCGCUUGACUUGGCGGGGUCGUCCUCAGUGCUCCGUGGUUUUAAGUUUGAGCUGGAACAGGCGAAGCAGCGGAUGCGAUGUCUGGCCUUCGCGGCCGAGCGGGUGGCCUCGAUGUUGUCCCGCGGCGCGGUCUACCAGCCGACAGGCAAGCGCUGGGAGGGCGCCGCCGCGAUGGGCCCCCGGGGCCCGCGCGGCCUCCAGCGGCCCGCCGGCGCGGAGGCCCCGCGGCGCGCGCGGAGGCGGCGGUGGGCCGCCGCGGCGGCGGCGGCGCUGCUGGCGGCCUGGGCGGGCGCGCGCGGGAGAGGCCGGGGCCCAGGGUGCUUCGCGCUGCAGGCGACCUCCGCCCGAGCGAGGGAGCGCGAGCUGCUCCCGGCGCACGCGAUCCCCAGGCGGUACGAGCUGGCCCUGGAGCUGGAUCCCGAGGGAGCGGCGGCCGCCUUCUCUGGCCGCCUGGCCGUGGAGCUCGCCGUCGUGGACCCGGGCAGCAAGCUCCUCACCCUGCACGCCCGGAGCCUGUCCAUCGCGCUGGGCUCCGUCCGGAUGUGGCUGAACGAGACCGCGCAGACGGUGACGUUUGCCUUCCCAGCGGCGCUGCCGCUCGGUCAUGGCGUGCUCUCCCUGUCGUACGGCGGCGUCCUGGGCGAAGACAUGGCCGGGCUGUACCGCAGCUGGUACACGGGGGUGACUGGGAGCCGCCAGGCGAUGGCGCUGACGCAGCUGGAGGCCGUAGAAGCCAGGCGUGUGCUGCCCUGCUGGGACGAGCCCAGUCGGAAGGCCGUCUUCGCGCUCACGCUCAGCUUCCCGGCCCACCUGACCGCGCUGUCCAACAUGCCCGUGGCCUCGGAGGAGACGCUGGCGGACGGCAGGAAGGUGGUGUCCUUCCUGGACUCGCCGGUGAUGUCCUCGUACUUGCUCGCGAUGGCGGUGGGCAGAUUCGACGCGGUGCAGAGGGCGACAAAGGGUGGAGUGCUGGUAAGGGUGCUCACCACUCCUGGGCAGCAGGCGACGGGGAUGUUCGCGCUCGAGGUGGCGGUUCGGGCACUGGAUUUCUAUGGCGAGUAUUUCGGCGUGCCUUACCCCCUGCCCAAGCUGGACAUGCUGGCAGCCCCCGACUUCGCAGCGGGUGCCAUGGAGAACUGGGGCCUCGUCAUUUACCGCGAGGUGGACCUGCUUUGCGACGUCAGCUCCGUGGGAGUGUCUCGAAAAAUGCGCAUUGCAACCGUCGUGACCCACGAGCUCGCGCACAUGUGGUUCGGUAACCUUGUUACUAUGGAGUGGUGGGAUCAGCUGUGGCUGAACGAGGGCUUCGCAAACUGGAUGCAGACGCACGCCGCGGAUGUGCUCUUUCCAGAGUGGAGCAUCUGGGACCAGUACAUUGUCCAGGAACAGAGCCAGGCGCUGGGACUUGACGCGCUCCGCAACUCCCACCCCAUCGAGGUGCCGAUCUACAGGGCGCAGGAGGUGGACGAGGUGUUCGACCUGAUCUCGUACGCCAAGGGCGGAUCCGUGGUCCGCAUGGUGCACGGGUUCCUGGGCCACGACCUCUUCAGGGCCGGGCUGGUGCUGUACAUGCGCAGGCACGCCUACGGCAACACGGACUCGGCCGACCUGUGGUCGUGCUGGGAGGAAGUGUCGGACCAGCCCGUCCGCGCCAUGAUGCAGUCGUGGACACUGCAGCAGGGCUUCCCCCUGCUCACCGUCGGCGAGUCUGGGUCCUUGCGUGGCCAGCUGUCCGUGCGGCAGCGGUGGUUCCUCGCGGACGGCAGCGAGCUCCCGGGGGACGACGAGAAGGUGUGGCAGGUACCGCUGCUCCCCGGAGGCGCGAGCGGGCUGUGGGCGCCGUCUGGGCAGCUGCUGGGCCGCGGCGAGGGGUCGCUGGCGCUGCCUCGAGGCAGCUCUGGCUGGCUGAAGCUCAACUUCGGGCAGGUGGCGCCGUACAGGGUGCUGUACGCCACGCCCGCGCUGCGCGACUCGCUGGUCUCCGCCCUCCAGCGCGGCGAGGUGGGCGUGGCGGACCGGAUCGGCCUGCUGCUCGACAGCGCGGCGCUGGCGAGGGCGGGGAAGCUGCCGGCCGUGGAGGUGCUGCGCCUGCUGGCCGGGCUGCGGGGCGAGGCGAGCGCGCACGUUUGGGAGGCCAUCGCCCGCGUGCUGAACUCCCUGCACCGGGCCUUGUCGUACGUCGGGCUCAGCGGCGGGGGAGGAGGGCCCGAGCUUGUGGAGCUGUUCGAGGCCGCCGUCGCGGGCGCGCUGAUCCGCCCGGCGCUGGAGAGCUUCGGCUGGUCGCCGGGCGACGGCGAGGGGGACCUGCUGCGGCAGCGGCGCGCGCUGGUGGUGGCGCUGGCGGCCCGCUUCAUGGGCUCGGACGCUGGGGUGGUCGGCGAGGCGCGGGCCCGCUUCGACGCGUGGCUCGCGUCGCCGCUCGCCGGCGGCGACGGCCACCUGCCCGACGACCUGAAGGGCAGCGUCUUCAGGAUAGUGCUCGCGGGCGCUCAGGGCGAGCGCGAGUACCGGGCGCUGCGCCGCGAGGCGGCCCGGGCGAAGACGCGGCAGGCGGUGCGCCUGAGCGUGUACCAGGCGCUGGGCGCGCACGAAGGGCUGCAGGACGAGACGCUGGCCAUGGCCCUCAACGGUGCCGUCCGCCUCCAGGAUGUCAUGUACCCGCUGGUCGGCGUCGUGCAGUCGGGCCCGGGCGGCGCCCGCCGGGCUUGGAGCUGGUUCGUGGAGCAGCACGCCGCCCUCGUGCGCCGCACCCGGGGCGCCAACGUCCGCAUCUUUGGGGCCGUGGUGGACUUGGCCGCCGGGUCCGUGCCAGAGGCGGCCCGCGCUGGCGAGGUGGAGGCCUUCUUCGAGCGGCACCCCGCCCCGGGCCUCGAGCGGAGCGUGGCGCAGCUGGUGGAGUCCGUCCGCAACGAGGCCCAGUUCGUCGCCGCGCUGGGGGCGGAGGCGGAGGGCGGGGAGCUCGUGGCCGCCCUGCGGGCCAUGAGCGGGUGA